AUGAGCCCGUAUGCCGCAACUGCUGAGCCCGCGCCCCAGAGCCAGCAACCUCCGCUGCGCAGCCACGAGCUGCUGCUCCCGAAGCCAGAGCGCCUCGGGCCCGUGCUGCACAAGAGAAGACGCCGCAGUAAGAAGCCUCUGCACCGCAGCUGGACAGUGGCCCUGCUCUCUGUGAGGAGAGAAAGCCUGCCCAGCAACAAAGGCCUAGUGCUGCCCAAAGUGAAUAAAUGA